AUGUCGUGGUGGAAAAACUUUUUUGCUUUACAAGUUAUCUCCGCUUUAGUUGAUAGUACUCAAUUGCUUUCCGGCGAUGUUACAAUUUCUGUAGAACGAGUGAUUGACAUAUCAACACAGGUAGUAAAAGUAACGGAUAAAUAUGAAGUAACAAAUGAUGGUGAGAAGGAAAUCAGCAGUUUCGAACAUUUAGUCCAUGAAAAGGAAUAUUUACGACUCGCGUACAUUUCUGCAACUGUUUCGAAAAAAGAUACGAAAUUGAAAGUGUCGGAUAUCAAACAUGAAAAGGGCAGUAUAAAAAAAGGAUUUGUGGCCUACGAGAUUGAAUUCCAAAAUGCUCUUCCACCGAACGGCAAAAUUUUUAUUACUGUGGAGUAUCAACUAACAGAAUAUUUGGAAUUACAUCCAAAGAGGAUCACUCAGGCGGAAUCACAGUUUGCUGUUUACAAAGGAAAUGCCCAUGUUCCAAGUAUAUAUCCAGUAAAACAAGAGAAAACUGUGAUACUUCUACCUAGCGGAAGACUUGAAUCUCGCACAACAGUUUUACCAACAUCAGUUGAUAAUGGCAAAAUAACCUAUGGUCCAUAUAUAGAUCAGAAACCGUAUGCAGUGGCGGAAAUUAUUGUGCACUGUGAAAACAACACGCCGUUCGUUGUAGCAACUGAUGUCGUCAGAGUGAUUGAAGUUUCACAUUGGGGUAAUAUUGCUGUGGAAGAAGCGAUCAGUGUUAUCCAUAAAGGAGCAGAGUUAAAGGGUUCAUUUUCUCGUCUUGAUUUUCAAAUGGAUCGAAGGGGCAGUAAAAGACCAAUAGUAACUCAAUAUAAGACUUUGUUACCAGCAUCGGCGAAGGAUAUUUAUUAUCGAGAUGAAAUUGGCAAUAUUUCUACUUCAGCUGUGCGAAAAAUGCCAGAUGUUGUUGAAUUAAUUGUACAGCCGCGUUUUCCAUUGUUUGGUGGAUGGAAGACGGAUUACGUACUCGGUUACAAUGUUCCAGCUUACCAGUAUCUUUAUUCAUCAGGCAAUAAAUUUGCACUGAAGAUGCGUAUUGUCGAUCAUCUGUUCGACGACGCUGUCAUUGAAAACUUGAAGCUGAAAAUUAUAUUACCAGAAGGUAGCAAGAAUUUUAAAUUGACAACACCAUAUUCAGUGACGAGACUUCCGGAUGAGUUGCAUUUCACAUACUUGGACACCACUGGCCGUCCUGUUAUCACAGUCGAAAAGGAUAACCUCGUUGACUUUCAUAUUCAAAUGUUCACUUUACACUACGAAUUUGACCGCAUGCAGCUUUGGAGAGAACCAUUCCUUGCUUGUGCUGCAUUUGCAACCCUGUUUAUUGCAGUCAUCAUAUAUGUCCGACUGGAUUUCACAAUCUCACCUGACGUUGCAACAGAAAGUCGCUUGCAAGCGCAGGGACAGGUGGAACAACUAACGGACCUACAUGCUGAUAGAUUAAAAAUUUAUGACCAUUUCACGGAUGUUGUAAACAAAUUCAAAAACAAUAAGGAUCUGGCUGCAUUUACAGCAGCAAGAAAAAAGGCAGAAAAUGAUCUGAAAAAUGUUGGACACGCUAUCAGUGAUCUGCAAAGCGAAUUGAAAUCUACAAACGCUGAUAUAUCUGACAAGCUAAACGAGGUCAGUAAAGUACACAAGCUAACGAUGGAUCUUAUAAACAAUUAUUUAGGGCAGACGGAGCGCUUCGUUAAAGGACAACUUUCUAAAGUGGCUUUCGCCGAUGCAGAGAAGUCAUAUGCACAGAAGCUGAACGAAGCAAAGGAGAGAAUGGAUUCUGUAAUUUAUGCCUUGUAG